CCUUUGUAUUUUGUGGAUUUGCAGGAUGACUUAGAUGAUUUUGGAUUUGAAGAUUAUGGACCAGACUGCGAUAGCAUGAGGAUAACAGCGUUCCUGGAUAUUCCUGGGCAGGAUAAUUUAACUCCACUGGCUCGUCUAGAAAAAUAUGCCUUCAGUGAUAAUAUAUUUAACAGGCAAAUUAUUGCCAGAGGUCUUUUGGAUGUCUUUCGCGAUUUCAGUAAUAAUGAAGAGGACUUCCUGACUGUAAUGGAGAUAGUGGUCAGGCUCUCUGAAGAUGCAGAACCAACUGUACGUACAGAACUGAUGGAACAAAUACCUCCUAUUGCCAUUUUCCUGCAAGAAAGUCGACCAAAAUUCCCAACAGCAUUCUUUGAGUACCUUAUGCCCAUAGUAGUGAGAUACCUCACAGAUGUUAACAAUCAGGUUAGAAAGGCAGGUCAAGAAGCACUGCUUAUACUACUAGAACAAGACCUUGUUGCUCAGAGUGACAUUGAAAAUAAGGUGUGUCCAAUUCUGCUGGACCUCUCUGCUCCUGACAGUGAUGAUGAGUACAAGGUGGAAGCUGUGAAUAUAAUCUGUAAAAUGGCUUCUAUGCUGAGCAGAACAACAGUUGAGCACAUGUUGCUUCCUCGUUUCUGUGAACUGUGCAGUGAUGGGAAAUUGUUUCAAGUGCGAAAGAUUUGUGCAGCUAAUUUUGGUGACAUUUGUAAUGCUGUUGGUCAGGAAGCCACAGAAAGAUUGCUGAUUCCCAAGUUCUUUGAACUCUGUUCUGAUAGUGUUUGGGGAAUGAGAAAAGCUUGCGCUGAAUGCUUUAUGGCAGUGUCUUACACCACAUCCCCAGAAGUUCGCAGAAGCAAAUUAUCCCCACUGUUUAUUAGUCUUAUUAGUGACACUUGCAGAUGGGUUCGUCAGGCUGCUUUUCAGUCUCUUGGCCCGUUUAUUUCUACCUUUGCCAACCCUUCCAGUGCUGGUCUUUACAUUCGAGAAGAUGGGACGCUGAGUAUCUGGCCGUCGGUGCAAGAUAGGAAUUCCAGCAACAACUUAAUUUCAGUGUCCUCCGGUACAAAUGCUACGUUGUCCAGUUCAGAACAACCAAUGGAAAUCAAACCAGAAUCAACAACUGAGGAGACUGCUGCUGAAGCUAAUACAAAGCUCUCAGUUGAGAACCUAAAUAAAGAUACUCGGAAAGAAAGUUCAGAUUGUUGUACCAAUCCUGGAGAAGAUGUGCCUGGGUUGUCUCAGGGUGACAAAGUUGCUGCUGGUGUCACAGAAGUCACUAAGGACAGCAGUUUUCCUGGAACGAACUCAAAGCUACAGUCUGCUGAGGAUGUAUUUAAUACUUUUCUCUACUGGCGCCCUCCUCUGCCUGAUAUAAGUCAGGAUCUGGAGUCGAUUCAGUUCAAGACUGAAAAGCACAAAGAUAGCUGCUCUGUGCCGUGUAAUAACUGUGUUGCUAGUAGUGAAAUAAAAAAAGUUCUAGAAAGCUUACAGGAGCACAUGGAUGAUCCAGAUGUUCAAGCUCAGGUCCAGGUGCUGUCUGCUGCUCUCAGAGCUGCUCAGUUUGAUUCUGUUGGUGACUAUGAGACCAAAAAAACAGAAGCAAGCAGUGGCAAACUUCAGAACAAAAGUAUUUCAGAUGAAGUGGCUGUUUCAAGUGCUACCUGCAACCAGGUGGAGGAGGAAACACUUUCAUCCCCUGCCUUCCAGGAUAAUGUCAGUGGCCUGUCUGCCACCAGUGUACUGAAAAGCACAGACUCAGAAGAACAGCACAGAGGAACCAGUGUAUUUUUAAAGAAAGAGACAGAAAAGAAUCCGCCAUUGGAAGAUGACAAGUCAAAACUACAGGAUAUCAUACCUCAACCCUUAUUAGACCAGUACCUGUCAAUGACAGACCCAGCUCGAGCCCAGACUGUUGAUACUGAAAUAGCCAAACACUGUGCCUAUAGUCUUCCUGGGGUAGCCUUAACGCUUGGCAGGCAGAACUGGCACUGCCUGAAGGAUACAUAUGAGACACUGGCCUCAGAUGUACAGUGGAAGGUACGCAGGACACUAGCUUUCUCCAUACAUGAACUAGCAGUUAUUCUGGGAGAUCAGCUAACAGCUGCUGAUCUGGUGCCAGUUUUCAAUGGAUUCCUGAAAGAUCUGGAUGAAGUGCGCAUUGGUGUUCUUAAACAUCUGUAUGACUUUCUAAAGUUACUUCAUGCAGACAAAAGGCGGGAAUAUCUUUAUCAACUUCAAGAAUUUGUGGUGACUGACAACAGCAGGAACUGGAGGUUUCGUUACGAGCUGGCAGAACAGCUGAUCCUGAUACUGGAACUCUACAAUCCCAAUGAUGUCUACGACUACUUAAGACACAUUGCACUAACUCUCUGCUCUGAUAAAGUUUCAGAAGUUCGAUGGAUCUCCUUCAAACUGGUUGUAGCAAUACUACAGAAGUUCUACACAAACAAUGCAAAUGCACUGGGAUUAAAUUUCAUUAAUGAACUUGUAGUGCGAUUCCGUCACUGCUCCAAGUGGGUUGGAAGACAGGCUUUUGCCUUCAUUUGUCAGGCUGUAGUAGAAGAAGAAUGUAUGCCUGUCGACCAGUUUGUUGAACACUUGCUCCCCAGUCUUCUAAGCCUUUCUUCAGAUCCUGUGCCAAACGUGAGGGUUCUGCUCGCCAAGGCUCUGAGGCAGACGUUGCUGGAGAAAGCUUAUUUUAAAAGUGUUGGCAAUCCUCAUCUAGAAGCUGCAGAAGAGACCAUUCUAGCCCUACAAUCUGACAGAGAUCAAGAUGUGUCCUUCUUUGCCACCAUAAAACUAAAACAGGGUAACCUGGACAAUACUGCCAUUGAAAAACAAAACUAAUGUGUUCUGCAGUGAAUGCUGAACAUCAAAAUGGUU